CCUGCCGUGCCGCAGCCGCGGUGCAUUGUGGGGCGGCGAGAUGGCGGCGCUCAGCGCGGGACGGGCGGUUGCCAGGGGCCUCCUGCGCGCCCAGAGCCUCGGGGCAUGGAGGGGCCUGCGAGCCGCCGCCGCCCUCCGGCAGAUCCCGCGGGCCAAGUCAGAGAACGCGAAGUCUGAGGGCACGUUCCAGGUCACCAUGCUGCCCGGCGACGGCGUGGGCCCGGAGCUCAUGCACGCCGUCAAGGAGGUGUUCAAGGCCGCCAGCGUGCCCGUGGUCUUCGACGAGCAUCACCUGAGCGAGGUGCAGAACAUGGCCUCGGAAGAGAAACUGGACCAGGUGGUUGAUUCCAUGAAGGAAAGCAAAGUGGCCCUGAUAGGCAAGAUCCACACCCCCAUGGAGUACAAGGGUGAGCUGGCGUCUUACGACAUGAGGCUCAGGCGCAAAUUAGACUUGUUUGCAAACGUCGUCCACGUGAAGAGCUUACCAGGCUAUAAAACACGCCACAACAACUUGGACCUCGUGAUCAUUCGUGAGCAGACGGAGGGGGAGUACAGCUCUCUGGAACACGAGAGUGCGAAGGGAGUCAUCGAGUGCCUGAAGAUCAUCACCCGGGCCAAGUCGCAGCGCAUCGCCAAGUUCGCCUUUGACUACGCCACCAAAAAAGGGCGCUCUAAGGUCACGGCUGUGCACAAAGCCAACAUUAUGAAAUUAGGCGAUGGGCUCUUCCUGCAGUGCUGUGAAGAAGUGGCAGAACUGUACCCCAAGAUCAAAUUUGACACCAUGAUCAUUGACAACUGCUGCAUGCAGCUGGUACAGAACCCCUACCAGUUCGACGUCCUGGUCAUGCCGAAUCUCUACGGGAACAUCAUCGAUAACCUGGCGGCUGGCUUGGUGGGCGGUGCUGGUGUGGUUCCCGGGGAGAGCUACAGCGCUGAGUACGCCGUGUUCGAGAUGGGCGCCCGCCACCCCUUCGCGCAGGCGGUGGGCAGGAACAUCGCCAACCCCACUGCCAUGCUGCUCUCGGCUGCCAACAUGCUGCGGCAUCUCAACUUGGAAUUUCACUCCAACUUGAUCGCGGAUGCGGUGAAGAAGGUGAUCAAAGUCGGAAAAGUUCGGACACGGGACUUGGGCGGUUACUCCACCACUUCCGACUUCGUGAAGUCUGUGAUUGACAACCUGCACCCCCACUAUGGUGCCUAGGAACCCCGGGGAGCCGGGGACUUCACUGCACCCUGCACCAGCUUCCCAUAGCUUACAGCAGAGCGUCUCCCCCUCCCCGCCCGGCCGAGGGUCCCUGGUGCCCCAGGAGAGGAGGAGGAGGAGGAGGAGGGGGCUCUCCUCCUGCCCAGCCCAGAGCCCAGCACCCGGCAGGGAUUGCUGGAGGGCCCGCGGGCAGGGCUGCCUUCCCAGCGAGGAUCCCCGCAUCCCUCCGGCUCGCGCCGGCAGCGUCCCCGCUGUGUCCUCCAUGCGAGGAAGGCUGUGUGGAUCUCGGGGGCCUGCUGGGGCGACUCGGGGGUGAGCGGGCAGCGCCCCAAGCUCGGCAGGCAGCUCCCGGGGGGGGGGGGCAGCGGGACUGUGGUUACUGUUGGCACCUUCUCCUGCCCCCAGCGGCUUUAGCAAUAAACGGGACCAGGGGGCUGCGGCCCCGCAUCCAGCACCGCAUGGGGCCAGCUGCUGGCGCGGGGUGAGGGCCCCUGUGCAGGGAGAGGCAGCUGUGAGGCUUUGUCACCUCCUGCCUGCCAGGAGUCAGUGCAGGAUGGGGGGGGGGGGGCUGCUCUCUCUGCCCCCCACUUUGAGUUUGUGGCUGGUUGUUGAGCACUGGGGGAGCAGGGGGGGCUCUGGGCUGAGCCUGCCCCAGGUCAGGCAGCGCCUUUGCGCAGCCUGAGAGCCCAGGCCUGGCCAAACCCCUGGACCCUUUGCGGCAGCGCCCCAUGGCCUGGCCAAAGCCCUGCACCGCUCCAUGGCAGCGCUUUGCCCAGCACCGCUCCAUGGCAGCGCUUUGCCCAGCAGCGUGAGCCCCUGUGGCUCCCGGGGGGGCUGGGCUGCAAAAGCACUUGGUGGGGCCAUGGACGCUCUGCCCUGGCCGGCAGCUCUGUGUGUGUGUGUGUGAGAGAGCGAGAGAGAGAGAGAGAGCGCGCGCAAGAGCCUGGGUCGUGUCUUUAACGCUGUGCUUUGUGUUCACAUUUGCAAAUAAAGGGUCCAACACUUCCCUCUG